GAAGAAUGUGUUGGUGCAGCAGCGACGGCUCUUACCUACCACGUUACCCUGCUAAGCCGUGGUUGUCACAACUUUCGCUCUAAGAAGGAAUAACCUACUAGGAAACUAACGGCUGCCUUUCUGGGCCCACAGGUCACGUGACCAAGCCGCGUCAUGUGAUCCGGAGCCAGGCGGCUGAGGUUAUGUUCCCUUGGCAACUGCUGGUAUCUCUCGGAAGUGCGGGGAAAGCGCCGAAUUCAGAGUCAAAGUGCUUCCUAUUUUGUAAAUACUUUUGGGAAGUGAAAAUUAUUGAUUAUGGCUCACUAUUCCAAAGAAGAGCUAGAUGAAGAAUUUGAACAGUUUAUGAAAGAGCUUUCAGAUGAUUCUUUUGAAAAUCCAAGCAAAACUCCUAGACAACCUGAAAAAAAAGUGAAGAAGAAAGAUACAGUGCCAUGGUGGAUAACUGAGGAUGAUUUCGAAGAUACUGGACUGCUUGGAACAAAUAUGAGCUAUUUAAAAACAAAGACGGCUUCUCAGCCUAUUAUGGAAAUGGAAGAGGAGUCUGCUGAAAAGAUACAAUUUCUUAAGAGCAGUGGAACAUCUAUCUUAAGUAUUGACAGCUUAGAAACAAAUGAGGUAGUACUUUCUGAGUUCAAUCAUAAUAUUCUCGGAUUGGGACUGGACACAUUAGAAGAACAAGAGGAGAAACAGCAAUUUUUUGCCAGGCUUGAGAAAGGCUUAACAUCUUCCAUUGACUAUUCCAGAUUAAAUAAGGAAUUGGAUUCUAAUGACUCCACAAAUUUUAAAGCUUUGCUUAGUAAUCAAGCCAAUAUAGAAUUAACUGAAGAUGAACAGGAGAAUGAAUUGAAACAUGAAGAACUGACAGAAAAUUACAGUGAUGAUUUUGAAGAUGAGGAUGUAAAUGCACCUUUGACUACUAAAGAUGAAGAGAUUCCUUCCAAAGGAAAUCUCAAACCAGAAGAAAUAAAUACACCCAAACAGGAAGAGAAAACUGGCAUGCUGGCUAAUGUUGUGCUGCUUGAUUCAUUAGACUCUGCUGUCGAGGUCAACCUUGAUGAACAGGAUAAAGCAACAACUAGGCCAGAUGCCCUACCAGAAGUGACUGAUAAUGAAAUGUCAGGAACAGGUGUUUCUUAUGGACAAAGCAAUAGUGACAUUGAAGCCCUACAUCAAGCUUAUUGUCAUAUAGCCCAUUCUUUGGGAGAUGGAGAAGAACAAAGAAUUGAGAGCAAUGUGGUAGAAAAUAUCAAGAGCUCAGUGAAAGAGCAUCCUCAAGACAAUGAAGAGUCCUCUAAAAACUUCUCCACUACUGAAUCUGAUCUUCCCACAGUAGAGGAGCUGAUGAAACCUAUAAGAAUAGAUUCCUUUGGGGUCAGUGGUUAUGAUUUGCAACCUGUCAGCUCUAAGAAACUGGUUGAAACUGAAUUCAUUAAUCCUUUACCCUUUAAGACAAAUUUAAAUAUUAUGUCUCAAGAGCCACAUGUGAGCCGGUUUUCUGACAAAAGUGAUGAGAAUGUAGUUUUACAAAAGACAACAAAUGAAGUUAUAGAAAAUAGCUAUCCAAGAGUAACAACUACAGAAGAACAGAUAAAUAAAAUGUACCUUGAUAUUUUGAAAAAAAAAAUAUCUGUUGAUCCUACAUUAAUGCCUCAGGAUGACAAAAUUAAUAAAACUUACAGAUCUCAAUGCAGUUCUGGAGAAGAAGGGGCUUUAAGUGGUAAGCAGGUAUCAUACAAGAAGGCCAGAAGUGCACCUCCUUUACUUAAAAGAAAGCCCCACAAUGGAUUAUAUGCAUCAGUUAGGAGCUCAGGGUAUGGCAAACCCAGUUCACCAUUCAAGACAUUUUCAACUCUUGAAAAGAAAACUUCAAAUGACAUGAAAAGCAAAACCUCAAGAUCCAUUCCUACCUCAAAUCAAGCUAGGAAAAAAGAAAUUUUAUCUGGAACAAAACUCAUCAAGCCUGCUGCACUGGGUAAACCAGUUCCCAAAAACGAAAGUUGUAUGGCUGAUUCCAAGACUGAAGUUCCUACAGAAACCAAUUCCUGUGUUCACUUUCAGCAUGAUUCUUCAGGGUACCCUAGUGGGAACAAGGAAACUGAACUAUUUAUGUUUAAAAGAGUUCAGGAAGCAGAGGAAAAAUGGAGGGGUGCACAAGCCCUAAUUGAGCAAAUUAAAGUGACAUUCUCAGAAAAAGAAAGAGAGCUGGAAAAUAAGAUGGAAGAACUAAAGAGACAACAAGAAAAAGAACUCUUCAAACUGAAUCAAGAAAAUUAUAUUCUUCAAGCCAAGUUAAGUAGCUUUGAAGAAACAAACAAAAAACAAAGGUUGUUGCAGUUUGGAGAAACAACUGAUCCUGUCACUGAAGAAAAAUUAAAGCAAAUCCAAAAAGAAAUACAAGAACAAGAGACACUUCUUCAAGGAUAUCAACAGGAAAAUGAAAGAUUGUAUAAUCAAGUGAAAGAUCUCCAAGAACAAAACAAGAAAAAUGAGGAGCGGAUGUUUAAGGAAAACCAGAGUUUAUUGAGUGAGUUAGCUUCCUUAAAAGAACAGAUGCACAAAAGUCGUUUCCUUUCUCAAGCAGUUGAAGAUUCAGAGCCCACCAGAAACCAGAGCUUUACAGAACUGUUAGCAGAACUUCGGAUGGCACAAAAAGAAAAAAACAGUUUAUUGGAAGACAUAAGAAGAUUAAAGCAAGACAAACAAGCUCUUGAAGUAGACUUGGAAAAAGUGAGGAAAGAGAGAGACCAAGCUAAAGAUCAGAUUGUUUUUGCUGCAGGUGAAAAAUUAUAUGAAAUAAAAAUUUUAGAAGAAACCCAUAAACAAGAAAUCAUUCGUCUACAAAAAAGAUUACAAUGGUAUGCUGAAAAUCAGGAACUUCUGGAUAAAGACGCAAUUCGACUUAAAGAAGCAAAUGAAGAAAUUGAAAAGCUCAAACGUGAGACUGAGAAACUGAAAACUGAAUCUGGGAAUCCAUCUGUUCAGCAGAAGACUCGUUUAAAAGAUAGAGCACUCGAUGCCAAAAGAAUUCAGGAUCUGGAACGACAAGUUAAGGAAAUGGAAGGAAUUCUAAAGAGAAGAUAUCCCAAUUCUUUACCUGCUUUAAUAUUGGCUGCAUCAGCAGCAGGUGAUACAGUGGAUAGAAAUACAGUGGAAUUUAUGGAAAAAAGGAUACAAAAGCUAGAAGCUGAUCUGGAGGGCAAAGAUGAAGAAGCAAAAAAAAGCCUUCGUACCAUGGAACAACAGUUUCAGAAAAUGAAGAUUCAGUAUGAGCAGAGACUAGAAGAGCAAGAGCAGCUACUUGCCUACAAGUUGAAGGAAGCAGCUGAGAACUCACCUGAUCAGUCCUCCAAGGUUAAAGCACUAGAGAAGGAACUCAGCGACCUUACGGGAGCCCAUCAGAUCACUGUAAGAAAUCUUGAAGCUGAAAUAGACGUCCUUAAACAUCAGAAUGCUGAAUUAGAACUCAAGAAAAAUGAUAAACAUGAUAAAGAUUUCCAUUCAAUAGAAUUCCAGGUAGAACAGGCUCAUGCUAAAGCUAAACUGGUAAGGCUCAAUGAGGAACUCGCUGCAAAAGGGAGAGAAAUACAAGACCUUUCAAAAACUGUGGAGAGGCUUCAGAAAGAGAGAAGAAUGAUGCUAUCUAAUCAGAACUCUAAGGGUAGAGAAGAAACAGCUGCCAAGAAGGUGAAGAAAGGUGUUUUACACACAGGUAAAGGAAAUGCUAGCUUCUUCCCUGGAACUCUGGAUGGUAAGCUUUAUCAACCACAUACUUUCACUGAUUCCCAUAUUUCAGAGGUUUUACAAGAAAACUUCAGAUUGAAAAAUGAACUAGAGAGAUUAAUUUUGGAAAGGAAUGAGCAGAAGAUGAAAUCUGAAGCAGCACUGAACCAAUUUGAAAAUUCCAUGAAAAGUAUCAAGGAAGACACUGCGGCACAUAUUGCAUCCCUCAAAGCGUCUCAUCAGAGGGAAAUAGAGAAACUCCUUUGCCAAAAUGCAGUAGAAAAUUCUUCUUCCAAAGUAGCUGAACUAAAUCGUAAAAUAGCAACUCAAGAGGUACUUAUAAAACAUUUCCAAAAUCAAAUUAAUGAACUGCAGGGUAAACAAGAGUCUCUUGUUGUUUCUCAAGUUCGAGAAGAAAUCUUACAGAACGAGAUUACAAAACUCCUAGAAGAAUUAAGAGAAGCCAAAGAAAACCAUACACCAGAGAUGAAACAUUUCAUAGCCUUAGAGAAGAAAAUUAAACAGAUGGAAAUGAGGCAUGAACAAAGAGAACAGGAACUUCAGCAGAUAAUACAGCAAACACGCCAAGUAGUAGAGAGUGAGCAAAACAAAGAAAUUGAGAAAUGGAAAAGACUCGCACAAUUAAAGAAUCAAGAGCUGGACAAGUUUCGCACAGAAUUAGAUUCAAUAUUGGAUGUUCUCCGAGAACUGCACCGACAGGGGGUUGUUGUCCCAGUUCCUUUUUCAGAUGAAGCCAAUACCCCAGAAUAUUACUAGAAACUCUUAAUUUCAUAUGACCUCAUUAAAAGGACUGGUGAUGGAUGAAACUGUGCCAUUGUCAGACAAAGCUUUUAAAAACAAGUAUUCCAGCAUACUCCCAGAAAGCAGACAACAACACAAAGCAAUAUUUCAAAACAAAUUGUCCUUAACCAACAAGAGAGGGAGGGGUGCUCCAUGGUGUAUUUUUACAGCAAAUCAAUCACAUUUUAAAUAAUUGAUGGACAAGUUCUUUGUGUCAGGUGAUUAUAUUGUAGAAGAUUUAUUGUAAAAGGUCUCACAUGAUAGAAAUGGAAAGAAAAGAAAAUUGCACAUACUGUUUGUGUCAUUAUUGUUGACCAACUAUAUAUUCUUAAUGUCCUCUGUGCCAGAAAAAGCUCCUAUUUCUCACAGAAACACUAGAGAAAUAUGAGCUCGGUGACUUGGGCAGUCACACCAACUGUUGGCUGAGUAGUAGAGCUUCCUCUAUAAUUUAGACAAGAAUGAUAAUUUCUGUACAAGCAGACAGUGAAUUCUCUUGUGUUCUCUCAGUUUUCCACUCCUUCAUCUAUUUGACUCUCUUUUUGCACCUGAUACAAAGUGGAAAGUUUAUUCAAGUAACGGGAAUUUGAUUUAUCCAUUAUUUUCAUCCUAAUUUAAAAUGUGGCAUAUUAUUUAAGCUACAAAUCUUAAAUGCCAGUCCUACAUACUUUUUUUGUACCUUUUAAAAUUAUAAACAGAAUAUAAUAACAUUUCACUUUCUCUGUUUAAAAAGUAAUAUGUGUCCAUUUAAAAAUUACAAAUAUGCAUAAAAGUAGCUGGAUUAUUUUUAGUUUACAUUUCCCAUUUCUAAACCAGAUAGUGAAUGUGUACAAAAUUCAUGGGUAAGUUAAAACUGUAGCCACUUUGUUUUAAAAUGUUCUAGCCCAGCGCUAUCCAAUAGGAAUAUAAUGCAAGCCACAAGGUAAUUUUUAAGUUUCAAGUAGUCACCUUUAAGAGACUAAAAAACAAACUGGUAAAAUUAAUGUUAAUAAUAAAUUUUAUGUAAUCUAAUAUAUCUAAGUUAUUGUCAAUAGAAAAAGUUUUGAUAGUUUUACAUUCUUUUAUUCAUACUAAGUCUUUGAAAUAUGGUAUAUAUUUUGUAUUUACAGCACAUCUCUAUUUGGACUAGCCAUAUUUCAAGUGCUCCAUAACCACAUGCCAGAUUAUGUGCGUUUGUAGAAUAACAACUAAAUGAAGUACUUUAUUUCAAAAGAUGGGUGAAAUAUUGUAUUAUGUCACUGAUAUGAAAUAAUUAGUAUAAGCAAACUCAUAGAAACAGAAUCUAGAAUAUAGGUUACCAGGGGACUCGGUGGGGAUACAAAAUAGGGUCUUAAGGCUUUAAAAUGUACAGUUUCUAUUUGGGAUGGCAGAAAAGUUUUGGUGAUAAUGGAAGGUGGUGAUGGUAGCACAAUAUUGUGAAUGUAAUUAAUAGCACUGAAUUAGAUAUUUGAAUGUGGUUAAAAGGGGAUAUUUUAGGUUUGUAUAUAUUGUACUGGAAUAAAAUUUUUUUUAAAAAAUCUGUGGCAUUGCAUAACACAAAUAGUGGACCCUGAAUUAAACCAUGGACUAUAGAUAAUUGUACAAUUAUUAAGAUGUACUUUUAUCAGUUACAACAAAUGGGCCACCCCAAUGCAAGGUGUUAAUAUUAGUGUGGUAUAUGGGAAUUCUGUGUUUUGUACAUGAUUGUUAUGUAAAACCACAACUUCUCUUUAAAAAAAAAGGUUAUUUAAUGUAUUUAAAAAAUGGGUGAAAUAGGUAAAUAGGUUGUGGUAAAAUAGCAAAUGUGAUUAUGUGAAAAUUUGCUAAAUAUAAGGAAUGCAAUUAUUUUAUUAAUGUACAGAAUUUUUUAUGUCCUUUUCCU